AUGAUACUCAGCAAACUGUUGUUACUUGCAAGCAUUUCAGGUGCGGUUGCGCAGACCACCUACACGGGUUGUCACAACCGCUCAACCGUCGAAUACUGCUAUGGCCUGGAUGGGGAGGAAACGCCUCUGGUGACAUACAGCUUGGCUUCGAUUCUGACAACAUUUUCCACGUCAACUCUACCCGCCUCAGUCUCACCAUCAGCCACUACAUCUUCCGGCCAGACCACGGCUGUGACUGGGUGUCAUACUCAUGCGACUCAAACAUUCUGCAUCAACGGUGCAGGUGAAGAGGUUCUCGUUUCGGGAACAGCAACUGCCGCCGGGGAACCCCCGACUCAAUACGCCGACUGCCAUUCGCACGGAGUCGAACAGUAUUGCGUCGGUCCAGCCGGAGAAGAGGUUUUGGUUCUAGCAGAAGGAGAGACUUCGUCCGGUGAUGGUGAUGACGCUUCUGAAAGUGAGGUAGAGAUGGACUGUCAUUUCCAUGCCAGCGUCGAACACUGCAUCCCAGUUGGCGGUUCGGAAAGUGCCCAUUCUGCUUCCUGUGAACUUCAAAACCGAGACUACAACGUAGGCCUUCGUGUAGGGACCUUGUUUGUUGUCCUGGUCACAAGCGCCGUAGGUGUAUUUGCACCUAUAUUGCUUGUGAAACUUCCACUUCAAAAUGUCAAUUUCUUCAUAUUUACGACAAUCAAGCAAUUUGGAGCUGGUGUGAUUGUUUCUACGGCUUUCGUUCACCUUUAUGCUCAUGCGUCUCUCAUGUUCAACAACGAGUGUCUGGGCGUGUUAGAUUACGAGGCUACGACAUCUGCGAUUGUUAUGGCAGGAAUCUUUCUCUCGUUCCUGUUCGAGUACAUUGGACAUCGAAUCGUCCUUGCGAGAACUCGAGGUGACGACAUCCCUCCAGCCACACAUACCGCUACUUUCUCGACGACGAAAGAAAACCAGUUGAUCCCGGAAUCAGCUGCUACGAGCGAUGCUCGUGCGACUACUAGAGCUUCGCAUAGCCUGGCAAAUCUUGGUCAUAACCAUGGCUCACCCUUUGAUCCUGCCAACCCAAACUCAAAGUUGUCGGUCAUUGUCAUGGAAGCCGGAAUACUCUUCCACAGCAUUUUGAUCGGGUUGACGCUCGUUGUUGCCGGGGACUCAUUCUACAAAACAUUACUUGUAGUCAUUGUGUUCCACCAGUUCUUCGAAGGUCUUGCUCUCGGUGCGCGAAUUGCAUUACUCUCCAAAAAGGCGGCCUCGUUCUGGCGCACAACGUUUCCAAUGGCCAUGGCUUUCGCCCUGAUCACGCCGCUAGGCAUGGCGAUCGGUCUUGGGGUCAUUCACCAAUUCAAUGGCAACGACAGGGAUACUAUCCUUACCAUCGGGACACUGGAUGCACUUUCCGCGGGCAUACUCAUCUGGGUUGGUCUCGUGGACAUGUGGGCCAGAGAUUGGAUCAUUGACGGUGGAGAGAUGACGGCCAGAAAUGCGAGCUAUAGCAAGAUUUCCCUGGGUCUCGCAAGUCUGCUGGCAGGGUUCAUUGGAAUGAGUGUCUUGGGCAAAUGGGCAUGA